AUGGCUCGGGCAUUGGGAGCACCAGUUGCACUGUGGCUGUUGGGCUUGUGCUGGUCUUUGGCCAAAGCCCACCCUCUGGCUAGAGCUCCUGAGCAUGGGCACGGAGUUGAAGGUGGGAACGUGGCCAAGCCGGAUGCAGACGUGACGGAACGCUGCUCGGAUGGCUGGGGCUUUGAUGCUACCACCCUGGAUGAGCAUGGGAACAUGCUGUUUUUAAAAGGGGAGUUUGUGUGGAAGGGUCAUGCCUGGGCCCGACAGUUAAUCUCAGAGAGGUGGAAGGAUGCCCCCAGUCCCGUGGAUGCUGCAUUCCGCUAUGAUCAUAACAGUGUCCUUCUGAUCAAGGGGGACAAAUUCUGGGUAUAUCCUCCUGAGAAGGGGCAAGAAUAUCCAAAGUUGCUCCAAGAGAAGUUUCCUGGAAUCCCAAUCCCACUGGAUGCAGCUGUGGAAUGUCACCGCGGAGAAUGCUCUGAGGAGGGUGUCUUCUUCUUCCAAGGCAACCACACGUGGUUCUGGGACUUCUCUACAAGUACCAUAAAGGAACGUUUCUGGCCGGCCGUUGGGAACUGCUCCUCGGCCAUACGAUGGCUCAACCGCUACUACUGCUUCUGGGGUAACAAAUUCCUGCGCUUCGACCCCAUUGAUGGAAAAGUGAAUUUCAGUUAUCCUCGGGAUGUCCGAGAUUACUUUAUGCCCUGCCCUAACAGAGGCCAUGCACACAGGAAUGCAACCCAGCAUGUGGAUAAGCGCUGUAGCCCACAUCUAGUCUUGUCUGCAUUGCUCUCUGACAACCAUGGUGCCACCUAUGCUUUCAGUGAGAACCACUACUGGCGUCUGGACAGCAGCCGGGACGGAUGGCACAGCUGGCUCAUCGAGCAUCUGUGGCCCCAAGGCCCCUCAACAGUGGAUGCUGCCUUCCUCUGGGAUGAAAAGCUCUAUCUGAUCCAGGGUACCCAGGUAUAUAUCUUCCUGACAAGGGCAGGCUACACUCUCGUAAAAGAUUAUCCAAAGCAGCUGGAGAAGGAAUUCCCUCAAGGGGUCAGCCUUCAUUCCGUGGAUGCAGCCUUUACCUGUCCUGGAUCUUCUCGGCUCCACAUCAUGGCAGGCCAGAAGCUGUGGUGGCUGGACCUGAAGUUAGGAGCUCAAGCCACGUGGACAGAGCUUCCUUGGCCCCAUAUGAAGGUCGAUGGGGCCCUGUGUACAGAGAAGUCUCUGGGCCCCCACUCGUGUUCCGCCAAUGGUCCGGGCUUGUACCUCGUCCAAGGCCCCAAUCUGUACUGCUACAAAGACGUGGAGGAACUGAGCAAGACCAAGGACCUUCCCCAGGCCCAGAGGAUGAACAGCCUCCUGGGCUGCGCUCCCUCCCAGCACUCCUGA